AAGGCGAACUUCCGGUGUGGUGGUAGAACCACGGGAGUUAACAGGCAGAAAUAUGCGGUAGGGAAUUGUCAUAACUAAAAGAAGACGAAGAAGAAAGAAGAAGAACGUACGUCGCAGUGUUAUACGGUUUACUAUUCAAUGUGUGAUAUGAUCAUAUGGACUGAGGGCUCAGAGACGGAAGCGAGAGUGUUAGCGGAACAGUCCUCCAUCGAUCGGUAUUAAGGAGCUCCGUGCACGGCGAAACAUGGGCACGAAAUCGAGCCGUUUACACGAGGAGGCGGUUUCCACAUCCUUCGAUAAAGAUGACAUCAAACGGGAGACAUGUCGCAGCAUCCGAAGCGCCAGGCCCACCAGCCUCAUGGUGGAGUUUUCCGCUAGUUUCGAUCAUGAUUCGGAGACGAAUCGCAGCCGGUCGGAGGAGGGCAGCGACUCGGACACCGGGCAGCAGGCGAGCGGUGACGGCAGUCCCGCCGACCGCACUGCGUCCCCGUCGCUGAGCAGCCAGGCCUCGCCGACCGAAGACAACAGAUCCGGUGAGAAACGCGAGGAUGACGCCAGUCCCACGGUCCCCGCGAACGGGGAGGAAAUAGGCCGCGCACCGCAGCGCACUUUCUCGGAGCGUCUGCCCGGUGCUCGACAUUCUUCCGGGAGCGGCGUCACGGCGAGAUCCGCCCGGGUGAGAGGGAGUCACGCGCGGCCGGUGUCUGAGGCGUGGAUCGGCCUCUACAGAGUCAACAACCGUCACGGUGCUAUUCGUUGCCCUUUCUGUACCAAACCGUUCCCUGGAGGGAGGAUCGAGGACCACCUCUUAAGUUGUCUCACCUCCCCACCUCUUCCUUAUAACACGGACGUUCUUGCUAAGGACAGUGGGGAAUGUUCCAUCUGUCUUGAAGAUUUACUGCAAGGAGAGACCACUGCACGACUGGCCUGCCUGUGUGUCUACCAUAAGAGCUGCAUUGAUAGAUGGAGUAAAGUGAAGCCGUGUUGCCCUGAACAUCCCUUUGAUUGAUUCGUAUGUCCGUGUGCAAUAGCACUUCGACUCAGGACACCGUAUCCCCCCUUGGCAGGAGCCUAUAUUUUAUGAAAUGAUUUGCAAGCAUCGACACUUGUUGCCAACUGAAUAAGUUUGGCUCUGAUGUGACUCUUGGCUUUUCUCCGCUCUACGGCACCUGUCUGAACAGCGGGUUUCGCACGGCUUGCCUUUUCUCUCUUAACUCUUUACUAACUAAGCUCGAAGCGAGCCUGUCAACUUGGUCCAUCCUAUAAGGAAAUGUAACCGGAGAGAAUGGUACACACUGAUCGUCUGGCUUCGUAGGCUUGGGGUUUGGUUUCGUGCGGCAUGCUGGGAAGACUGCGGUCGGAGUUGCGCUAGCUUGAAUGAACUGAUUCUUUAGAGUUUAAGCAGAUCCCUGGACGAAAAGAGUUGUACAUGCGUAAAUAUUGCACACGUGUUACCUACGAGCCAUGGUGUUUUAUGUUUUGGGUGAUGCUUAAGAUGUUUUUGGGGCUUUUUUGCUAUUGGGGACAACACAAACGCACAAAGGCAGAGUGAAAAUACCAGAGAGAGUUCAUUAAACAAAAGUCAUGGUUUUGCGGCGGUAAAGACUCGCUCUUGUUUCCUCAAAGCUUUUUUCGGUUCUCGGUCUGAAUACUUCGGCUCAGUUGAACUGUACAUUAUUUCCAGACCGACUAGUUAGAAUAAUGGAGGUGUCAUCGGUUGAGGUGCAGUGUGUGUGUGUGAGUUUGUGCUAAUGUAUAUCAAGAUUCAAGAGUCUGUGUUUUGAGAACAGGUUUGUCAGAUUCGUGUGCAGGAGAUGAAAUGGUGAACGAACAUUGUGCUGAAAUAGAAAUGGGCGAUGUAGUAGACUAAAGAAAUCCAGUCACUCAUCGAGCGCGUGGGAAUCCGGCCAUCUGUGUGUCGCCAUAUGGCUCAUAGCUUGCCAGAGAUGGAGACUAAGAACAGCCGAUGGGAAAUUAUGACUUAAUCAUCAGCCCUACGGAACAAGUACAGUGGAAAUGCUCUAUUUUUGGGAGGGAUAGGUUUCAAAAAGUCUCGCACAGAUAUGUUGGUUACAUUUGAUUUGUGAGCGUUACGUUGAUGAUUCUCUUGUGUCUUGAAGUGUUGAGUUGGUCUGUUACCGGGGUUUUUUCCUUAGCUUAAGGGUUUAUAUUUUGUGUGGUAAUGAUGUCAACUUUCUGGAAAGUAUGGAGAAAGGCCUUCAGGGCUUUCCUACCUUACCAGAUGCGUUUCAUCAUCUCGACUUGCUUCUGAAAAGUAUUGUAAUAGGUUUUGUUUAAAGGAGAGGGUUCUUUUCCGUUUGAAAAUGCCAAGUGUGUGUGCGCGAGUCAAGAAUCCUCUUUACGGUUACAUUUGUUUUGUUUAUGGUAUCGUGCAUUGUGGAGUGGAGGAGUAAUGUCCGGGUAUUUUGACAAUCUUUUGAGCUCUGAACGUUACAGCUUUCACCCUUUGUUUAACUUCUAUGGUGCCAUACCUCAAUAUCCAUAUUUACUAUACUAUUCUGGGGCUGAGCUAACUCCAAAAGGGGGAUUUCCUUGAAAAAAUAAAAUAUAAAGAUAUAUAUAUAUAUAUAUAUACAUAUAGUAUAAAAACAAAGUUAUGUCAUGAAUUCAGUGCUAAGGUUUUUUUUACCCUGUUGAUCCUGUGUGUUUUGACAGUUGUCUGUCAAAUAUGAGUGAGUUGGGGAUGUUUUUAGGUCAAUAUGAUUUGCAUAUAUACACAACCCCUGACAAUCUGCCUUCAUUCUGCUAAAGGACAAUUGAGUAUUUAUUUAUUAAAAAAAAGUGUAAAUAUGUAUUGCAUUACAAAAUGGCGUUGUCUUUUGUUUGUCCAUGAUGCGGUUUCUAUGCCAAAAUCUUUUGUAUGUCUGAAAAAAUUGUUUUAUAUGUAUUUUUUACAAUAAAUAUGCUUAAGUGUG